CCCGAGUCCCCGGUGCUUCUUCUAAAAAAAACCCAGAGGCUGUCGGAGUGGACGCCGGGUCACACAUGGGGAAGUCUCGGGAUUUAAGUGAGUUCGAGCGGGGCAUGAUCGUGGGGGCCCGCAGCGCCGGCUGCAGCAUCUCGGAGACCGUGAAGCGGCUCGGCUUCUCCAAGACCGCCGUGUCCCGGGUCUACCGGGAGUGGUGCGAGAAGCGGAAGACCUCCAGCCACCGGGGGUCCUGCGGGAGGAAACGCCUCGUCGACGAGAGCGGCGAGAAGAGGAUGGAGAGGGUGGUAGAGGCGAACAUCCAGGCGACGAGCGAGCAGAUCCAGACCCUGUACAACAGCAGCGCCCCGGAGAAGCCCAUCUCGCUUGCCACCACCCGCCGGACCCUCAAGAGGCUCGGGUACAGCCGCAAGACCGAGCGGCGGGACUCGCUCAUCGCGGCAGGGCUGGAGGCUCUAGCCGUGUACGCGUCCUGUCCACAGCUGGAGACCGACACGAACUUGGUCUGCAGGGUCCAAGGGGACACGGACUCAAAGACCCAGUCCUCCACAGGUGUUGUGUUCAGGGACCAGGGGGACACGGACUCAAAGACCCAGUCCUCUACAGGUGUUUUGUUCAGGGUCCAGGGUGACCCGGACUCAAAGACCCAGUCCUCCACAGGUGGUGUGUUCAGGGUCCAGGGGGACCCGGAUUCAAAGACCCAGUCCUCCACAGGUGGUGUUUUCAGGGACCAGGGUAACCCGGACUCAAAGACCCAGUCCUCUACAGGUGUUGUGUUCAGUGACCAGGGUGACCCGGACUCAAAGACCCAAUCCUCCCCAGGUGUUAUGUUCAGGGACCAGGGUGACCCGGCCCCAAAGACCCAGACCUCCACUGAUGUUGUGUUCAGUGACCAGGGUGACUCGGACCCAAAGACCCAGUUCUCCACUAGUGUUGUGUUCGAGGACCAGGGUGACCUGGCCCCAAAGUCCCAGUCCUCCACGGAUGUUGUGUUCAAGGACCAUGAUGUUGUGUGCAAUGAUGAGAAUGACCCAGAAUGAAAAGAUUGAGUCCCCUAACAAACUCUGACUGCAGCAUGGAGACUCAACCUGGACUGUUGAUGUAGUAAAAAAAGUGUAAACCUACUUCAGAGAUUACAUAAUAAAUCAGCUUUCUGCUUGCAUUUCUAUGUGAACAGAAUAAUCUGUGCAUACUGAACUAUGCAACACCAGAACAUGUAACAUUCACUCACUGAGCCCUGAGGGCAUGGAUCCACAAAAUGAUGCUCCAUGUUGACAUGACUGCAAUGCACCACAUAAUUUCUGCAGAUGUUCCAGCUGCACAUUCAUUCUGGCAAUUUCCUGUUCUCCCAAAUCCCAGAGGUGUUGUACUAUAGAUUCACAUUUGGGUCAGGGGAGGUCACUGAAGUUUUCAGAAGUCACUGGGACAUCAAUAUUCUCAUAUUGACCUUUUAACAUCGGAAUAAUGUAUAAUGGGCUAUAACAACAUGGUUGACUGACUGAGUGAUUGUAUUAAAAGCCAGGUGUGCAGGGGUUCCUAAUAAAUUGCUGAGUGAGUGCAUACAGGGUUAGGUUUCACAGUAGCAGAAACAUUAAAGAAAACGUGUGGAAAUUUAAACAAAAUAACAACUAAUGUGCAUCCAGUAUGUUUAUGACAAAAUGAAGGUUUCUGUCUUCUUCUGUUGUUUUAACAUCUGCCUGUCUGUGUUGGGCCAUACUCAAAUAGGUCUGGGCAGAAUUCUAAACUCUAGAUCGUCUUGUAGUAACAAAAAUGUCUAUAUUUCAUAAUUUAAAUUUUAUGAAAUAUAUUAUACAAAGAAAAUAUGUGCCUAUUUCACUUCCUCACAAUAAAGAAAA